CCUCGAUUUCAUUUUGUUCACAACACCAACAACUACAACUACUACUUGCUUCUUCAUCUCUUGUUUCUAUUAUAUGCUUUCUCUCUGUCACUCUCGACUUCAUCUUCUUCUUAAAGAUUCCAAUCAGAUCCCUCCACAGAAUCACUGUUACGCCUUCAAUUCGCAAUUUCAGUUCUCUACGAUCGGGAGACAAAUGUUGUGUUUGUUGUGACGCUGAAGAUGGUAUUGUCAAAUGUGCAUCAUAUAUUCAAUCACAAAUGGACUUCAGGGCUGUAAGCUGAUUUUCAGGAUUAUGGCCCCUUCCAAAAAAUCCAGAAGUGUAAAUAAGAGGUUUCCUAAUGUUCGUGAAGCUGCUUCGAGUAAAGAUAAAAAUGCAGAAAAUGCUAGCAAGAAUAAGCAGAAGGCAAGUCCUGGCACUCAGAAGAAGAGAAAAUUGGCUGACAUGUUAGGGCCACAAUGGAGCAAGGAGGAACUUGAGCAUUUCUAUGAAGCUUACCGUAAAUAUGGAAAAGACUGGAAGAAGGUUUCUCUUGCAGUACGUAAUAGAUCCGUGGAAAUGGUAGAAGCUUUGUACACAAUGAACAGGGCAUACUUAUCUCUUCCAGAGGGCACUGCUUCUGUUGUUGGACUGAUAGCAAUGAUGACGGAUCAUUAUAGUGUACUGGGAGGAAGUGACAGUGAAAAGGAGAGCAAUGAAGAUGCAGAAGUAUCUAAAAGGUCUCAAAAACGUUUGCGAAAAAAACAAAUGAAUGACCAUAAAACAUUAGAGGGACCCUUUUCAGAUCAUUCUCAAUCACAAUCUGUUGCAUCAGGUGAUGGUUGCUUGUCGCUGUUGAAGACUAGGAAUUCUGGGCUUACUCCUCAUGCUGUCAGAAAACGGACUCCUCGAGUACCUAUUUCACAUUCCAUUGGUAAAGAUAAUGCAGAGAAGUUAUUUUCAUCUGCCAGACAGGGGCGCAAACAAAUGGUUGAUACUAAUGAUGUUACUCAUAAGAUUGCAUUAGCAUUGGCCGAGGCUUCACAAAGAGGUGGCUCCUCAAAAAUUUCUGCGUCUCCAAACAAGAGAGCAGCGCCAUCACCUAGUAAGAAAAGUGGGAAGAAGGUUAAAUCAGAAAUAGCUGGAUCCAAGUUUUGCAGUUCUGAUUUGGAUGGGGGUAGUUCUGAAUUGAGUUUAGGAAGCACAGAAGGAGACAAUGGAGAUUAUAAUAGAAAAACAGUUAAUUGGACAAGUAGGGAAAACACUGGAAAAGGAAGGAAUCGAGAAAAGAGAGUAAAACACACUGGGAACAAUUUAGAACCUGAGGAAAGUUUAAACAUGCAUUUGGAUGAGAUAAAGGAAGCCUCAAGUGGGACAGAUGAUGGUAAAAAUCUGAAUUUUAUCAAAUCAAAUUUUAGCACUGAUUUUGCAAAUGCAAAGAAUCCAAGUCCCUCUUCUUACAAGGGUUCAAAGAAGAGAAGUAAAAAACUACAGGUUGAGAAAGAUGAAGCUUCGGCUUUUGAUGCUCUGAAAACUUUGGCUGAUCUGUCUUUGAUGAUGCCUGUUACGAAUGCUGACAGUGAGUCAUCAGCACAGGUCAGAGAAGGAAACCAUGAUGUUGAGGAGUCUAAAGUGAAAAUGCAUAAGGCAACUAAGAUUGAAAGAACUGCUUCAAGUGCAUUAGGCAAGAUCUUCUCUGAUGGAGCUGCUAUUUCUGAAGGGGAGGGUGUGUACCAGCUUAAUGCAGGAAUCAGGAAAAGGAAACAGAAAUCUUUUAGCCUAAACAAUGAUGAAACACAUACUGAUUCUCACCUCAGUGGCUCCCAGAAAAUCAAGGAUACUGAUGAGGUCAAGAAAUCAAUGGUUAAAGGUAAGCGAUCAUCUGUUUCUACAACAUAUCCAAGACAACCAAAGUUAGUUAAAUCCCCGGGAAAGAUGUCUUCAAGUGGUAAUGACAAAAGAGAAGGGGAUGAUUCAACUUCAUCUCCCAUAAAGGUUUCAUCUGCUAACCAAGUCGGUCAAGUAAACAAAGGAAGGCCUAGAAGAAAAAUGGGAAAACCAAAACCAAUGGCAGAAGGAGAUCCAGUGGUGUCUGGAAAUAUUUUCAGUAGUCAGCAUAAUAAAUCCUGUGCUUCGGUCCAGAAUAGUUCCUCUAGUCCCAAGGGAAAGCUUAUUAACUGCCUGUCUUCACAUCAAGCACGGAGAUGGUGCACUUUUGAAUGGUUUUAUAGUGCCAUCGAUUACCCAUGGUUUUCAAAGAGGGAGUUCGUGGAGUACUUGGACCAUGUUGGACUGGGUCAUGUUCCUAGAUUGACUCGUAUUGAGUGGGGAGUCAUUAGAAGUUCCCUUGGCAAACCGCGGAGAUUUUCAGAGCAAUUUUUGAUAGAAGAAAAACAGAAGCUUAAUCAAUACCGAGAAUCUGUUAGAUCACAUUAUGCUGAAGUUCUUGCUGGUACCAAGGAAGGCCUUCCUACUGAUUUGGCUCGGCCAUUAAUUGUUGGCCAGCGAGUUAUUGCUAUUCAUCCGAAGACAAGAGAGAUUCAUAAUGGAAGUAUACUAACUGUUGACCAUUGUCGGUGUCUGGUUCAGUUUGACCAGCGUGAACUCGGGGCUGAAUUUGUUAUGGAUAUAGAUUGCAUGCCUAUGUAUCCAUUUGAAAAUAUGCCUACAUCUAUGGCAAGACACCACGUUGCUCAUUGUAGAAUAAACGAGACCUUUAAUGAUCUCCGACUUAAUGGAAAACUGAAACAAGAAAUUAUUGCUGAUCACACAAUAUUGUCCCCUAGUGAGACUAUAGAUACUACUAAAGGUCUUCACAUAUUGCCCACUAAGCAUGGAAGCAGUACUUUAUCAAAUCAGGGAGUUUCACCAAAUUCCAAAUCACAAGUGAAAGCUAUGUGCAAUCAGAUUUGUAAUGCUCAACAGGCACCAAGUUUGCAACCUUUGCCUUUUGAACAUGUUCAUUCAAAAGAAGCUGACAUAUCGGCUAUUUCAGAGUUGACUCGCGCUCUUGACAAGAAGGAACUUGUGAUGUCUGAACUGAAGGUCAUGAAUGAUGGGGUUUCAGAAAGCCAGAAAUAUGGAGACAACUCAUUGAAAGAUUCAGAGUCUUUUAAGAGGAGUUAUGCUUCACUAAUAAAGCAUUUAACUGAAGUAAAUGAGCAGGUUUCUUCUGCUUUGUUUCGCCUGAGGCAACGCAACACAUAUCAAGGAAGCACCACAGAAUUAUCACUAAAGCCCAUAGCUAAUUAUGAUGACCCUGGUGGUCAAGCUAGCUCCUCCAAUUGUUCAGCAUGUCAUAACCAAGAAUCUAUACCUCUUGGCCAUAUAGCUGAAAUUGUUGAAAGUUCUAGAAGAAAAGCCCGAGCAAUGGUUGUUCAAGCUACACAGGCAAUGUCAAUAUUUAUGAAGACAGAUAGUAAGGUUGAAAAGAUCGAGGAUGCAAUAAAUUUUAUCAAUAAUCAGCUUUCAGUGGAUGACCCUGCUGCUCCAGCCACAAAUUCUCUGCCUGCUGAUUCAAUUCACAUCACUCUGGCUUCUCAGGAUCAAUUGACAGGAAACACAUUAAAUCCCUCAGUAAAUUGUCAUGCACAAGAUGCUGAAUUUAACAGUUCAUCUGACCAAAAUGAAAUGAAAAUUCCUUCAGAACUCAUAUCUCAUUGUCUAGCUACACUACUCAUGAUUCAGAAGUGCACGGAACGACAGUUUCCACCAGCUGAUGUUGCUCAGGUACUAGAUUCCGCUGUCACGAGUCUGCAGCCAUUUUGCUCAAAGAACCUUCCAAUAUAUGGGGAGAUACAGAAAUGCAUGGGUAUCAUAAGAAACCAGAUAUUGGCACUCAUACCAACUUAGCUUAGUUUGAACACCUUCCUCCAGUUGUUUGUGAAUCUUCAGUGCUCAUCAGAGUUAUUAGGCUGGUUCAUCUAAAUGAGGCCAGAGUUCUCUGGAAUCUCACUUGACAUAUAAAUUACUUUCACCUUGGUGGGAACCCAUAUUUUAACAUUUGAAGGGAAAAACACUGAUUAGGAACUGUUUAACACGCCACGUGUAUCUAAAUGAAAAGGGAAGAUUAUACAUCACCUUAUUCUCUUUUCAUAUGUACAUAAUAUAAAAAACGAAACCACCAUUGUGAUUAGUGAGGGUAGCAGUGUGUGAUGUCAAA